CAUGAGUGUUAUUAAACUUUAUAUAUUUUUAAUUCCCGGGUUUUAGUUUAGAAGCAAUUUCAAAGUAAUUUGUGUGCGACAUCGAUUAUAAAGUUGAAAUUAAAUUCAGUUCUCCACAAAUAGCUAUUUUUAAAAUGUAAAUGUGCGUUCCGAAUGUGUUGUUUAUUAAAAUAACGUUUUAUUCGGAUGUAAAUCAUUUCGGAUAUAAUAAAUUAUGCUGUAAGUUUUCAGAGUUAACCGUCGUAUACCAAAGUAAUCAGGCAUAUUUUUAUUUGCAUAAGUGGUUUGACGCCAUGUUGUGAACAACACCAGCAAUACUUGAAGCAACUAAUUUCAUUUGCAUUGCUGAUAAUUAUUUUGCGAAAAUGAGAUUAAGAAUGAUGUAUAGACAAAUGGGCCUGAACUCAUCCCGUGUGCAUGGACUGGGCCGUAGGUGGUGUUCAGGAACUCAAAACACAGCGUACGAUGUUGUGGUUGUUGGUGGCGGGCAUGCUGGAUGUGAGGCGGCUGCAGCUUCCGCAAGAAUGGGCAGGAAGACUUUGCUGGUCACCCACAAGAUUUCUACUAUAGGCGAAAUGUCCUGCAACCCCUCAUUUGGUGGCGUGGGUAAAGGUCACCUAAUGCGUGAAGUAGAUGCCUUGGAUGGUUUAUGUGCCAGAAUUUGUGAUAUAUCUGGAGUUAACUAUGUAACUCUUAAUAAGACAAAAGGACCUGCAGUAUGGGGCCCUAGGGCGCAGAUUGAUCGGGAUCUGUACAAAAGGCACAUGCAGGCAGAAAUACUCGGAACCUCAAACUUAACGGUCACUGAGUGUGCAGUGGAAGACCUCAUAUUGACAGAGUCACAACAAAGUGCUUCCUCUAUAACCAAAAGCAUCUGUAAGGGAGUGAUCCUAAGCACAGGUGAGAUGGUAGAAAGCAAGACAGUUGUGAUAACUACCGGAACGUUUCUGCGGGGCUGCAUCAACAUCGGGCUGUCUGUGCGUCCGGCUGGUCGUAUAGGGGAUGAGCCUGCUAUCGGCCUGGCACGCAGCCUCGAGAAGGCUGGAUUUACCAUGGGCAGACUGAAAACUGGAACUCCUCCAAGACUUGACAAAAACACAAUAGAUUACACUCAGUGUGGUGUAACGAAGGGAGACAAUCCUCCAGAACCAUUCUCCUACCUCAGUACUGAUGUCUGGAUAAAGGCUGAUGAGCAGCUGGAUUGUCACAUAACACGGACCAGCCUGGAGAUAGAACAAAUAGUCCACGACAGUCUGCCUGAGAACAAACAUGUCAAAGAAGAGCUGAGUGGACCAAGGUACUGCCCCUCUCUGGAGAGCAAGGUGCUGAAGUUCCCAGGCAGGACACACCAGGUGUGGCUAGAACCAGAAGGGUUCAGCAGUGACCUGGUAUAUCCCAACGGCCUGAGCUGCACAAUGCCUGCUGAGUACCAACAGAGGAUCAUCAACCUCAUACCUGGACUGCAGAGGGCAAAGAUUGUCAGACCCGGAUAUGGUGUCGAGUAUGACUACAUUGAUCCACGGCAACUUCGGCCUACCUUAGAGACCUUGCCGAUAGAGAACUUGUUUCUGGCCGGGCAGAUCAACGGUACAACUGGUUACGAGGAGGCAGCUGCACAAGGUAUCAUCGCAGGAAUCAACGCAGGCCUGAAGGGUCAAAACCACGAGCCCUUCAUUGUGGACAGGACCGAGGGCUACAUAGGUGUCCUCAUAGACGAUCUCACCACCCACGGCACCAACGAGCCCUACAGAAUGUUCCCGUCACGGGCCGAAUUCCGUAUCUGUCUGAGAGCUGAUAAUGCUGACAUGCGGUUAACAAGAAAAGGUUAUAAGACAGGUUGUGUGCAGCGGGCUAGAUACGAAAGUGCGUGUCGUAUGGCUGAUCUCCUUGACAGCAACCUUGACCUGUUGAGAUCUCUCAAAUUGGAGACCUACAAGUGGGACGAGCUUCUGAGCAGAGCAAGCUCCAGACCUAAGGGCAAGGUCAAAAGCGCAGUGGCUGUUUUACAAAUGGUGUCUAUAGAUGAGCUGAUAAAGGUUCAACAAACAGAGCUUGGCCAUCUUCAAAGUGACAGAAUCCUGAAAAAAAGACUCGAAAUAGAAGCCCUCUACAUGUUGGAGAUAGAGAAGCAGCAAGAAGAAAUAUCAGAAGUGCGCAAGGAUGAACUGCUGGUGUUACCCAUGGACAUUGAUUACUUAAGAAUGCCUAAUAACAGGGGUUUACCUAACGAUGUUCGUCUAAAACUGGCAGAGUCAAGACCUCACACUAUCGGUGCGGCCAGCAGAAUACCGGGAAUGACUCCAGCGGCCCUUGUGUAUCUCCUGAAGUUUGUAAAAUCAUCGAAAACAAAACUUAGAUUUGAGGAUACAUUGUGAAAGUACUUUACUAAGAGAUAUGUGGUUACUUGGCUGUACUCCUUUCCAAAGAUCGUCAAAAUGUCGUAAACAAACAUUGGAUAUGAUGGCAGAUCUUGAAAAGUUGUGCCACUGGAAGUUCUCCAAACUUUUCCGAGUGACAUUCAAUAAUAUUGUGUUUUGGACAGUAAAUUUAUUCCCGCUGGAUCUGACAGUAUUUCUAUGUCACGAUGGCCUAUGGGAGUUUAGCAUUGUCAAUAAAAGUGAGGUAUAAUAAUCAAUAAUAUUGUGUUUCUAAAAUCACAAAGUUGCAUUACCCUUUCCCACUCAGAAUGAAAGUGAAAAUGGCUGUGUGCAAACUGCAUAAAACCAGACCAGUGUUCAAGCUGCUCAUCAGUAUCUUAGGGUUGGAAAGAAGUCUUAAAAACUUAAAUAUAGUAAGAAAGGUCUUUCAUUAAAUUUAACUUUUUAAGCAACUACAAAUGUGUUAAAAUACGUAUCUAAUUUGUAAAGGGUAAAGCUCUAAGUUACAUAAAUAUUCCUGGUAUUUUGCCCAGAAAUUAAAACAGGUUAUGAAUAAAAAGGGACUAGGAAGAAUGUGAUCAAGUGAUUUUUAGCUCCACUGGCCAAAGGCCAGCGGGGCUUAUGUCAUGGUCCUUUGUCCAUCGUGCGUGCGUCCGUGCUUUAACUUUUCCUUUAAACAUCUUCUCCUAAACUACUGGUCCAAUUCUGAUGAAAUUUCUUAGGAAUGUUCCUGGGGUGAACCUCUUUCAAAUUUGUUCAAAUUAUGCCCCUGGGGUCAAAUUUGACCCUGCCCCAGAUUUCACAAAAUUGAAAAUUUGCUUAUAUAAGGCCUAUUUUGUGAAAACUUUAAAAAUCCUAUCAUCCAUAACCAUUGGGCCUAGGGCUAUCAAAUUUGGUAUGUAGAGACAUCUAAUAGUCCUGUACCAAAUUUGUUCAAAUUAUGCCUCUGUGGUCAAAUUUGACCCUGCCCCAGCCCCUUCACAAAAUUGAACAUAUGCUUAUAUAAGGCCUAUUUUGUGAAAACUUUAAAAAUCUUUGUCCAUAACUGUCUGGCAUAGGGCUACCAAAUUUGGUAUGUAGUGACAUGUAAUAGUUCUCUUCUUAGUUUGUUCAAAUUAUGCCCCUGGGAUCAAAUUUGAAACUGCCGCGGGGGUCACAAAAUUGAAUAUAUGCUUAUAAAGGGCUUAUUUUGUGAAAACUUUAAAAAUCUUUUUGUCCAUAACCAUUGGGCCUAGGGCUACCAAAUUUGGUAUGUAGUGACAUCUUAUAGUCUUCUACCAAGUUUGUUCAAAUUAUGCCCCUGGGGUCAAGUUUGACCCUGCCCUGAGGGUCACAAAAUUGAACAUUGCUUAUAUAAGGCCUAUUGUGGGAAAACUUUAAAAAAUAUUUCAGUCCAUAACCGUAUGGCAUAGGGCUACCAAAUUUGGUAUGUAGUGACAUGUAAUAGUUCUCUUCUUAGUUUGUUCAAAUUAUGCCCCUGGGGUCAAAUUUAAAACUGCCCAGAGGGUCACAAAAUUGAAUUUAUGCUUAUAAAGUGCUUAUUUUGUGAAAACUUCCCUGGGGUCAAAUUUGACCCUGCCCUGGGGGUCACAAAAUUGAACAUACUCUUAUAUGGAGCCUAUUUUGUUAAAACUUAAAAAAUCUUCUUGUCCAUAAAAAUUGCGCCUAGGGCUACCAAAUUUGGUAUGUAGUGACAUCUUAUAGUUCUCUACCAAUUUUGUUCAAAUUAUGCCCCUGGGGUCAAAUUUGACCCUGCCCCAGGCGGUCACAAAAUUGAACAUAUGCUUAUAUAAGGCCUAUUUUGUGAAAACUUUAAAAUCUCUUGUCCAUAACCAUCGGGCCUAGGGCUAUCAAAUUUGGUGGGUAGUUAUAUCUAAUAGUCCUCUAGCUAAUUUGUUCAAAUUUUAUCCCUGGGGAAAAAUUUGACUCUGCCCCGGGGGGUCACAAAAUUGAACAUAUGCCUAUAUAAGGCCUAUUUUGUGAAAACUUAAAAAAUCUUUCUGUCCAUAACCAUCCGGCCUAGGGCUAUCAAAUUUGGUAUAUAGUGACAUCUAAUAGUCCUCUACCAAAUUUGUUCAAAUUUUAUCCCUAGGGUCAAAUUUGACCCUGCCCCGGGGGUCACAAAAUUUAACAUAUGCUUAUUUAAUGCCUAUUUUGUGAAAACUUAAAAAAAAAUAUUGUCCAUAAUCAUUAGGCCUAGGGCUACACAAUUUGGUAUGUAGUGACAUUGUAUAGUCCUCUGCUUAGUUUGUUCAAAUUAUGCCCCAGGGGUAAAAUUUGACCCUGUCGGGGGGGGGGGGGGGGGGUCACAAAUUUGGUAUGUAGUGACAUCUAAUAAACCUCUACCAAAUUUGUUCAAAUAAUGCCUCUGGGGUCAACUUUGACCCUGCCCCGAGGGGGGGUGGUCACAAAAUUGAAUAAACACUUAUAAAGAGCCUAUUUUGUGAAAUCUUUAAAAAAUCUUCUUGUCAAAAACCAUUCAGACUAUGGCUACCAAAUUUGGUAUGCAGUAACAUCUUAUAGUCCUCUACCAAGUUUGUUCCAAUUAUGCCCUUUGGGAAAAAUUUGACCCUGACCCGCGGGUCAUAAAAUUGAACAUUAUAUACGCUUAUAUCUUGCUUAUUUUGUGAAAACUUAUAAAAUAUUCUUGUCCUUAACUCUAGGACCUAGGGCUACCACAUUUUGUAUGUAGUGAGAUCUAGUAGUCCUCUACAAAGUUUGCUCAAAUUAUGUCCCUGGGGUUAAAUUUGACCCAGCCCAGGGGGUCACAAAAGUGUACAUGUGCUUAAAUAGGGCCUAUAUUUAAGUAUUUGCACAUGCCGAGAAUAUUUGUUUCAGCCUUUUUUUCAGCUGUGGAGUGAUACAGGGCCAUCAUGGCCCUCUUGUUAAAUACGGAAAUGUUCUGUGAUCAUGUGGUUUCUUUAAUAUUAUGAUGAUGUUCAUAUAAUUAAUUUAACUGACAGUUUAGCAUGCUUUUUAUCAAUGUAUAUAUUAAUUGCUCAAUCAAUAGAGAUUUGCUUAGUGUACAUUACAGUCUAACAUAAUAACUGCUUAUCUUUCUGUCAGCAAAAAACAUGCCUUUCAUUUUGUAUACAUGUAGUUUAGUAUACUACUCUUAAAAAUUGCCUGCAAUUUCUCAAAAAGUACUGAAGGUGGUUGGAUGAAACUUGUUUUUAUGCUCCCCCAAAUUUUUUGGGGGGGGGAGCUUAUGGUCGCCGCUUCGCCUGUCUGUGCGUGUGUCCGUCCGUCCGUGCACAAUUUUUUUCCAGGCUAUUUCUCAGCAAUUAAUGACCGAAAUUCAAUUUAAACUUUAUGGGAAGCUUCACUACCAAGAGGAGAUGUGCAUAUUAUCAGGGGGUUCUGGUUGGAUGAUUUUUCACAGAGUUAUGGCCCUUUGAAAUUUUCCAUAAACUGUACAUAUAGUGCAAUUCUUGUCCCCCCAACUACUAGAUGUUUCCUUUUAUCUGAAUAUAUAGUGCAAUAUUGUGACAAAAAACAACCACUGGGGAGCAUCACCCGUCUCCAACGGUUUCUUGUUCUUUUUAAAGUCAAUGUCAGGAUUAUGCAGGAACCCUUUAUUCACCAAAGGUCAAUGAUAAGGUUGCUGAAAUAGAAAAACAUGAUUUUUUAUCAUUUUACAUGGAAUACACAUUCUGCUAUAUGUUUUUCAUAUGUCUGAAAUAUCAAUUUCUUCCACAAUUUAUUCCUUGUGUGUUUUUCCAUAUAAAAAAAUGAAAUAACUAAACAAUUGCAUAUCAUUAGUUUGUAUCCUGUGAUUUGUCAGGAACUACAUAAGACUGUGUAAAAGACACACAUAGAAGAAAAACACUUAAUAUUGUAACUUCUUCUUACGCAUCUUUCACUCUGUCCAUCAGCAAAAAUUGAAAUAACUAAAAAGUACAUAAUACGAUGAUACAAUUUGUUUUAUAUACAUGUAUUAAAAUUUCUAAAAUA